CUUAUAUGUAGUUUUAUAUUCACAAUAUGUACAUUUAUGUAUCUUAGUAGAUACAGAAGUAGUAAACUCAGGAUGUUUCCGCAAAAUGUGAUCGUCUAAUGUUCGUAUGGUUGUAAAUGACUUUUCACACUUUGUACACUUGAGCUUAGCUCCAGUAUGUUUGAUCAUAUGCCUAGCUAAGCAGUAUUUAAUUGCAGUUUUAUAUUCACAUUGUGCACAUUCACGUAUUUUAGGAUGUUUAUGUAAAGUAUGGCUUUCUAAGCGUCGUUUAGUAUUAAAUGAAGCAUCACAGUUUCUACACUUGAAUGUGGUUUGGAUAUCAUGUUUUGCCAGGUGCUUUAUAAAACUACUCCUAGCUAUUUGUUUAUGUGCACAAUGCAUACAUUCAUAUAUCUUACUAGAAAUUGUCCCGCUAAAGUUGGGAUGUAUCUUUAAAAUAUGGCCAAAAAGCGAUCGUUCUGUUUUAAAUGAUGUAUUACAAUAUGAAACUAACGCAAUAGAUCCUACAUGCUUUUUAACCAAAUGAGAACCUGAUUUUCCCAAACUAGAUCCUAAAUAGCAAUUGUUUCUUUUGAUAUGACCGAUCAAACCCUUUUUACAAUGGCUCGUAUAGUUACAAAUAUAGCAGCUGAACGACUUUUUUCCUUCUUCCAUCGCUGGAUUUCGUUGUUCCUUUUCCCGCGUUUUCUUUAUUGGUAGUCUGAAAAAAAGUUUCAUUAUACUUUACGUUUUUUAAUUGAUAAAGAGAAUCGAUUCAGUUGCGUAUACCGCGACAGAUUCUGAAGUUUGCAUUGAACGUUAUUUCAAAAAAUAAUAUUCAUUUAAACAAUCAUUAUUGAAAUUUAUUUAAGAGAAUCAUUAGCAAGUUAAACGGAUACCGUUCUUACAAACACUAUUCCAAAUUGUCCCAAUUUGUUCGAUUUACGCACAAUCUC